AUGUAUGUUAAAUAUAUAGAAGUCAAUCAUAAAAUUAUUUAAGUCAAAGAAAAACCAGAUAUUACAAUAUUCUAAUAUAUGAUGUAACAAAUGAAUUUGUUGAAUCAGCUUUAUAAUAAGGUUCAUUAUUAACUUAUUGCCCAAUCGAAAUAAGUUGAUCACCUGCUAUUUUUAUUUAAAGAUGUAAUGGAAUAAUGA